AUACCGAAUCAAACAGCCAGUCAUGAAGGGUUCACCAGCAUUCAGAGCCUUGAUCGAAGAGUUCGCUGCAACGACCCCUCUCCGUCAGCCCAUAGGACGGAAAUCAAACCUCUACGAAGUAUUGAAGCGCUUCCCAGAACUUGGAAAGGGUGUGAAAGUGGCACCUCUUCAGUGGGUGGACAAGGGCCUCAAGGAUUGCUAUUAUUUGGUUACGAGGGCUGAACUGAAACCCCGACGAAUCCAUCACGGUCAUGCAUGGGGUGUGAGAUUCUGGAAGGGGCGGCCUGUGGAGAAGGAAACCCAGAUCAAGGGUGAUCUGAGGUGGAACUGGACUACGGUGUAAGCGGAACAGCGGAACGGCAGCUGGUCUCCUGACGGACAGUUUUCCCAUCUUUAUCUUGGUUUAUGGCGUUGUGUGCAUUUGCUUCUCUGUUGUUCUGCCUAGCUUUAUCACGCAAAACAGUUCUUCUUAUCAGACCGUCUACAUAUAGAGUGACGGGGC